AUGUACGAAUUAUUGGUUAUCGGACGUAUGGUAUGGUUACGGCUUGUUAUGGUCGGUCAUCGGCCUUUGACUGACCGACCGUUUAACGAUAAUUGUCGCCGGAGGGCUAUUUGGCCAAAAUCGAAUUUUAAGACAAAUUUCUUAAAUGAAAUUUUUCUUGUAAAUCUUGUAUUUGGUCACGUGGAAUAA